AUGGAGCGAGUUACUGCUCUCGGUAGCUGCGUAUCAGCAACACUCUGCCUUCUCCUCCUCAACGCAGCGAUUCGCCCAAGCAUUCAAAUGUCUGAUGAAGCCAAGAACAACAUUACAAUCUUCACUAGAAUCCUCGACAGUCUUCUGGAUGGAUAUGAUAACCGUCUGAGACCAGGGUUGGGAGAGCGCAUAACACAAGUCAAGACGGAUAUCUACGUAACGAGUUUCGGACCCGUCUCAGACACAGACAUGGAAUACACAAUAGACGUGUUUUUUCGUCAGAGCUGGGAAGACGAAAGGUUGAAAUUCAAAGGGCCCAUGACUAUUCUACGUUUAAAUAAUUUAAUGGCGAGUAGAAUAUGGACCCCGGAUACUUUCUUUCACAAUGGGAAAAAGUCAGUGGCACAUAACAUGACCAUGCCCAAUAAACUACUGAGGAUAACUGAAGAUGGAACACUUUUGUAUACAAUGAGGUUGACUGUCCGUGCUGAGUGUCCAAUGCAUUUGGAAGAUUUCCCAAUGGAUGCUCAUGCAUGUCCUUUAAAAUUUGGGAGUUAUGCAUACACAAUAUCAGAAGUUGUGUACACGUGGACACAUGGAGCAUCCCAGUCAGUAGUUGUGGCUGAAGAUGGUUCUCGUUUAAAUCAAUAUGACUUAAUGGGACAAAGUGUGGGAAAAGUCAUUAUUAAAUCCAGUACAGGUGAAUAUGUUGUAAUGACUGCUCACUUUCACUUGAAGAGAAAAAUCGGUUAUUUCGUAAUUCAGACUUACUUACCAUGUAUUAUGACAGUCAUUCUGUCACAAGUAUCAUUCUGGUUAAACAGGGAAUCUGUCCCUGCAAGAACAGUCUUUGGAGUCACAACAGUAUUGACAAUGACAACUUUAAGUAUCAGUGCCAGGAACUCACUCCCAAAAGUUGCAUAUGCAACCGCUAUGGAUUGGUUCAUUGCCGUUUGUUAUGCUUUUGUGUUUUCUGCACUUAUUGAAUUUGCCACAGUGAAUUACUUCACAAAGAGGAGCUGGGCAUGGGAUGGGAAAAGCUUAGUUCCUGAAAAGAAAAAGGAAAGAGAAAGAGAGGCACUUCUGAAGAAAAACAACACCUAUACAGCAACAUCAGCGAACUUUGCCCCAAAUAUUGCAAAGGAUGCAGGUCUGGCGACCAUUGCAAAGAGUGCCGGAGCAGAAUCCAAAGACCCCAAACCAGAACAGAAGCCUCCAGAGCCUAAGAAGACCUUCAACAGUGUCAGUAAAAUUGAUAGAUUAGCCAGAAUAGCAUUUCCAUUAAUGUUUGGGAUUUUCAACCUGGUUUAUUGGGCAACUUACUUGAAUAGAGAGCCAGUUAUCAAAGGAGAUGAUGAACAUAACUAG